GCGCUUAAAAUACAAUCGCCACCACAUAAAACAAACGAAGAAACCACUUCACGCCGUGGCGAAUCGUAUAUAAAGCGCGUGAUAAAUCAAUCAUCCAAACAUUCAUUUCCAAAUUCCAAUUAAAUUAAAUUAAAUUGAAUUUCUUGGUAUCACAAAUAUUAAUUAAAUUCAAUUCAAUGCAUCCAUCUUCGUCAUCUAUUGCAAUUGUACCUUCUCUGCUACAACACUGAUUUCUCCACAACAACCCCACCCUUUCCUCUCCUUUCUCUCCGCUGAAUCCAAGGUAUAUUAUUUCUGAUUUGGCAUCAUUUCAGUGUUGUCCAGAAGGUUUCAAAUUCUUAAAGAUGGUUUUAUAUGAACAUUCCGAUGUUUAUCAGUGGGGUCUUAAUCUUCUUGACGGUGACCCCGGUUAUAAUCUGAAUUACUAUGACAAUAUAGUUCAACAUGAUAACGGCGACAUCUAUAAUGGACACUACUUUCAUAGUACUUAUGAUAACGAAUGUAACCAUGUGGAGAAUGACGAGAUCAUUGCCCGUGCUCUUCAAGAAGAGUUUUCACAGCUAGAGAUUGCUGAGUCUUCAAGGUAUUUACAGACAGAUGAAAAUCAGUUUCAUGUUAAUGAGACCGAGCCAGCAUAUGAUUGGCAUGAUUCUUCAAUGGUUAAUUAUUGUUCAGAAGGCCAUGAUUAUGCCCAAGAAGGAGUUGGCGACGUAGAAAGUUCAUGUUCUAGUCCUCCUGAAACAGAGGAAUAUUCAUUGGAGUUAACCGACAAUUAUCCACUUGACGAUGAAGUAGGGAAGAGAUUGAGCCAAAUGAUACCUAUUCCGCAUGUUCCAAAAAUUAAUGGAGAAAUUCCUUCAAUUGAUGAAGCUACAUCAGAUCACCAAAGGCUUCUGGAUAGAUUGCAAUUAUAUGACUUUGUGGAGAACAAGGUGCACGGUGAUGGCAAUUGCCAGUUCCGUGCACUGUCAGAUCAACUGUAUCAUGCCCCCGAGCACCACAAGUUUGUGAGGAGACAAGUUGUGAGCCAGCUCAAAUCUAAUCCGGAGAUUUAUGAUGGAUAUGUUCCCAUGGAAUAUGGUGACUAUUUGGACAAGAUGUCAAAGAGUGGAGAAUGGGGCGAUCAUGUCACCCUCCAAGCUGCUGCAGAUUCGUAUGGUGUGAGAAUAUUUGUCAUGACUUCUUUCAAAGACACCUGUUGCAUAGAGAUACUUCCUCAUUUUGAGAAGCCAAAAGGAGUGAUUUUUCUGAGUUUUUGGGCAGAGGUGCAUUACAAUUCCAUCUACCCUCAAGGAGAUAUACCUUCAGAAGAGUCGAGAAAAAAGAAAAGAUGGUGGAGUUUUGGGAGCAGGAAUUAGGGAUUCGGCUGACUUAGAGAGAACAUACCCAUUAUGAACCUGUUUGCUCUCCUUGUUCAGGAUUUAACUAUUACAUCUCCACAUAUGGAUUUAGGAAUUCUCUACUUUCAUGCAAUCGGUUUGGACCCUGGAUCAACAUGGAACAGUUCUCAUUACAACUUUGCAUUUUAGACCCGAUUUACCAAAGUUGGAAUAUGAACUGUUCAAUUUUGAUCCUAUGGUUCAGAUUUCAGAUUGUGUGACUGCAUCUAAAGUUCGAUUUCUUCAAUGCAGUAAGUCUUAAUGUCAAUCAUGUUAAAUAAUUAAUUUGAUUUUCUUCUUUUAAUAAUUUUAGUAUAAAUCUGGAUAUGCUUAUAGAACUGCAUCCCAGUGGCAUUUUGGAUGGAAUGUUAAAAGAAAUCAAAGGGUUUGACAUAAAAGACUAUUUUUAACCCUUAUCUCAACUCUUUCAAGUCAGUUGAACUGCCCCCUCUCUCCCAACAAAAAUAUGUAAAAUUCAUGAUUUCUUCAAAUUGAAAUUAUGUUUCUUUUUUAUCCUA